AUGUUUCGUCCUCGUAACAGCACCGUUCCUGCUAGAGUCAAGCCAGGAACAGUCGCAAGAACCUCGCACUCUCCCGAACAGCCAAGAAGGUUAUUAACGGAAUCAGUGUCAUCCCUUUACGACUGUAUCAGCCGGGGCACAAUUCACAUGGAUAAGGCCGCCAAAUUGAUACUGGAGAAGAAGAAAUGUCACACUUUCAAUCAGAGAGCUUAUGAUGGAUUCGCAAGAUCUAAAGUGGCUAAUCGAGCCCAGAAAAUGGUUUUUGAUGGGAUUGACAAUGUGGAUGACCCGGUAGAGGAAAUGAGAUUAAACGCAAUUGCAAGCAGAUUGCAGGUGAUGCGCUGCUUUCUCACAUCCGAAUAA